CGCUAGUUCUCCACCUCUAUGUCAGACCAACAAGUUACGUUUUUUUUCAUUUCGGAGCAGCAGGCGAGAUUUUAAAAUAAGGAAUCGAAAUAUAGGCAGCAGCACAGGAGCGACAGACACCCAGCAGAGUUCUAAACAUGGAUUUCGGUGAGCUGUUGCAUUUGGCCAAAAAGAAAACCGACGCAGCCACAAAAGAUGAGGGCAAAUACUACAGCACCAAGUAUGCGCCGCCCAAGAAGGAGAGCAAGGCGAGCAAGGAGUUGUCGAGCAACAUCCAAAAGUUCCUAAAGAAGCGCGAGGCCGAGGAGCAGGAGCGCAAGCGAGAGGAGCGACAGAAGCUGAACGAGUUGCUGGCCAAGCGCGACGAAAAGUCCAAGAACAAGAUACGAAAAAUGCUGAAAGUCACCAAGUCGGCCAACAAGUCGGUGCUGGAGGAUGCCCAUGAUGGCGAUGGCCAGAACGGUGGCGAUCAGGGCGAGGGCGAGGGCGAUGACUACGGCUAUGUGUCGACCGAAUCGAACGCCUUCUAUCAGAAGUACAUUGAGAAGGUGCGCGAUGUCCACGAGGAAAAGGGGUUCGCUCCCAGUCGUCCGCAGUCUGUGCAAGAUCUCUCCGGCACCAAGGAGCGUGUCAAGGCAGCCAUUACCCGUGAGCGGGAGGAGGCCAUGUCCCACACACGCCAGCGAUCGUCAUCGGAUACAAGAUCUUCCUCCGGUGCUUCUGCCACGUCUUCCAGCUCCAAAAGCAAGUCCAGGGAGGCGCACGUGGCUCGAGCCUACAGCACUUGCAGGGACAGAGAGACGACCGUCUACAAUCCAGAGGCGGAGCGACUCGAGGAAGAGCGCAAGAAGCGCGAAGCGGAGAAGAAACGAGCCAAGGCCAAGCGCCCUCCGCCCAUGGACUUUCAGGCGGUGCUACGCCUCGCGGCAAAGACGCAGCACGAGCCGGUGGUCUACGCCCAGCCCGAGAAGAAGAAGGAGCCAGAGCGUCUCCUGUCGGCACGCGAGAAGCGCGAAAUGGAAGAGCGCCAGCGACAGAGGGAGCAGCGUGCCGAAAGAGAUCGCUUGCGCGAGAGCGAAGCAAAGGCCAAGGAGCAGCAUAAAAAUGGCAGCGGCAGUGGCAGCGGCAGUGGCAGCGGCAGUGGCACUCGCAUGGAAGCCAGCGGACGCAUACCGAAACUAAGCAGUUCCAGCUCCAGCACCAGUUCGAGCUCUAGCGGCCAUGCCGCCUCGAGCCGACCCUCUACACCUUCUUUAAACGAAUCCAAAGCAAAGCCAAACAGUGAUAAUGUCUUCAAGCGUCCGGCACCGCGACCAGCUCCGCCACCCACGUCCGGCGCCAGCUCCAGCUCCAGCCGGCUGCCUGCAUCUGCCCAUAAUCCAUUCACAAAGCCAGACAGAAGUCGUCUUCCCGCCACAUCGACGACAGCGAAGUCGUUGCCAGCCAAGCCAAUACUCAGUAACAGGACCAGCUCCGAAUCCAUUCCCGUCCGUGGCCCCAGCGCCGUGCGUGGCCCCGUUGCCAGUGCCAGACUCGUACCCAUAAGGAUUCCCUAUGGCGCAACCGGCCGUAAUGGACCAGCGCGUGAGUUUCCGCCCCGUGAUCGUCCAGCCGGAGGUUCGCCGACAAGAACGCGUCAAUUCCCGCCAGCGGAUGUCCAGCGAUCGGGCAGCAGGGCGAUGCCGCCUGGCCGGGGCAAGCCCCAAGGGAAGACGUCGCCCACAAAAAGACGCCAUGACGAUGAUGAUGACGACUAUGAUUCCGAGCUGGAUGACUUUAUCGAUGAUGGGGACUGCGAGGAGGACAUCUCUUCGCACAUUCGUGACAUUUUUGGCUAUGACAAGCGGCGAUAUCGCGAUCUCGACGAGGACGACAGCGAGAUGGAGUCGAGUUUCGCUCAAAUGCAGCGCGAGGAGUUUCUCAGUGGAAAAAUGGGCAUGCAAGAGGAUUUGGAGGAUAUGCGCAUGGAGGCGAUACACAAGAAGCGUAAAAUGGCCAGACGAAAGGCCACACGCAUCGAUGAUUAAACACAAAAACGACCAACAUUCGCUCAAAAUCUCAAUAUCAUAGACGAACACAUGCGCCCAGUGCACCACACUGCAGCACGGUGCUUGCUGCUGCUCAACGUGCCACACAAAGAACGAGCAGACGCUCAACACAGUUUCCCACUCCCCCGAACACACACACACAAUGCCAACGAGAAGGGACGUGUGAGACGCUUCUUACGCGUCACAACUUUUAUACCCGGCACUCAGUACUACAUCU